AUGGCGCCAGUAGCUCCCGGCGAGCCCAAGCCCUCCCCGAAGCCCCAGCCCAUGGGCGGCAACAUGCCGAUGAUAUUCCUCUUCACCACCUGCACGCUUUGCUUCCUGUUCAUCCUCUGGCGACGCGCAAGCGCCCUCCGCUCUGUCAUUUCUCACCAACUGAAGACGCUCACCAACUCGAGUGGUGCGAUACGGCUGAGUGAAGACGGGCCGCCUGCCAGUGCUUUCCUAGAAGAUGACUACGACGAUGACAAUGAGGGGUUGACUUUGGAUGUCCAGGUCGAUGCUGCUAUGGCCGCACGCCCUCGGGAGAGUCAGGCGGCGGCCCUCAUGCUGGGGUCCAGCGAAGCGGGCUCACGACCAGUGCCCGAACAACAGGAAGAGACGACUUGA